AUGGAGCCGCGGGCCGGCUGCCGGCUGCCCGUGCGGGUGGAGCAGGUCGUCAACGGCGCGCUGCUGGUCACCGCGAGCUGCGGCGAGCGCAGCUUCGCCGGGAUCUUGCUGGACUGCACGAAAAAGUCCGGCCUCUUCGGCCUGCCCCCGUUGGCUCCGCUGACCCAGGCCCAGGACGCCCCUGUCAACGGCUGCCACGGCCCGCCCCCCGCGGAGGGAGACGCGGAGGCCAUGCCCCUGGGGACGGGCCCGCUGGCGCCUGCCCAUGGGGACCGGCCCCCCGAGACCGCCAACCCCGAUCCGCCCCCGCCCCUGGUGCCGCCGCUGCCGGCCGGAAGCCUGCCCCCGUUCCCGCCCUACUUCGAAGGCGCCCCCUUCCCGCCCCCGCUCUGGCUGAGGAACACGUAUCGGCAGUGGGUGCCGCAGCCGCCCCCCCGGGGCCUCAAGAGGACCCGCCGACGCCUGUCCCGCAACCGCGACCCUGGCCGCCUGGCCCUGAGCCCCAUCCGCCUGCGGCCGAGACAAGUGCUCUGUGAGAAGUGCAAGAGCACCCAGAGCCCCCCGGAGGCCAGCCCCGGGCCGCCCGCCACGCCCCGGCCGCGCAGGGAGCCCCGCAAGCCCGAGGACCCCGACGGAGGAGGCGACGCGGCCUCCGCCCCCAAGCGGAGCCGGCGCGAGCGGCGGGAGGAGGCCCGGGCCGGGGUGCCACGGAGCCCGGCCAUCAAGAUUUCCUACAGCACGCCCCAGGGCACCGGGGAGGUGGUGGAGAUCCCCCCGCGCGUGCACGGCUCCCUGGAGCCCUUCUGCCCGCCCCCGGCCUCACCCGGAGGCCCGGACCCCGAGGCUCCCAGGGACCGGCCGGCCGCGGGCGCCCCCACCUCCAUCCCCAAGCUGAAGCUGACCCGGCCCCUGCCCCCUGGGGCCGCCCCGCCGCCCCCCAAGAUCCGCCUGAAGCCGCGCCGGCUGGGGGCCGGCGAGCAGGAGCCCAUCUACAGGGCCGAGCUGGUGCAGGAACUCAAGGGCCGAGGGCCCCCGGCCGAAGGUGCCGCCCACCGCGGCGGGCUGGCGGACUCGUCCUCCGCCAGCUCUGGCGAAGACGAUGACUGCAAGGGGUGUCCCCGAGGGGCCCACGGGCCCGACGAUGACGCCGGGCUGGCUUUCCUCGCCACCUGCCCCGGUAGAAGCGGCUGUGCCGGCGAGCUGGCGUGGAGCAGUGACAGCCUGGAUGAGUCCAAGUCCUCCGGCUCGGACGCGACGUCGCUGGACGCCUGCGACUCCUCCCCCGGCGAUGGCGUGUCUGUGCCCUCUUCCUCCAAGGGUGCGAGGCCCACGGUCCCGCCCCUGACGGUCAGGCUGCACACGCAGAGCGUCUCCAAGUGCGUUACUGAGGACGGGAGGACCGUGGCCGUAGGGGACAUCGUGUGGGGUAAGGUUCACGGCUUCCCUUGGUGGCCGGCACGUGUCCUGGACAUUAGUCUUAGCCAGAAGGAGGAUGGGGAGCCCUCCUGGCAAGAAGCGAAAGUCUCGUGGUUUGGUUCUCCAACUACGUCAUUUUUGUCUAUCUCAAAACUGUCCCCUUUCUCUGAAUUUUUCAAACUGAGAUUUAACCGUAAGAAGAAGGGGAUGUAUCGGAAAGCUAUCACAGAGGCUGCCAAUGCCGCCCAGCACGUGGCCCCAGAAAUAAGGGAGCUCUUAACCCAGUUCGAAACGUAA